AACAACCGUCGUAUAUGUCGUUAGUCGUCGUCGUCGUCGUCGUGCGCGUUGUAUUAAUGUAAUAUUAGUGACUACCGGUAUAUUCUCCCGGCGCUCGAUCGAUUUAUACAAACGUGUACGUAAUUCAAUAAAAUACAUGGCCCUUAUUUUCGUCGUCUAAUCGUCUAUUCAGGUCUGGACACCGCUCGAGCUCUGGCUGUUGUCUUUCGUGAGGAUAUAUUAUUUAUACGUAUUAUUUAAUAUAAUAUAUGACACGCUUGAGUAUAAGCAUAUCAGAUAGGUACUCGGUGGCCGGUUGAGUGCUGCAUUUAGGUAUACAUUAAAAUAAUGCGACGAACAACGUUGUAUUCGAACGCCGCUGUUCUGUUUGCGUUCCUGUGGCUGACGAUCCCGUCGAGACCAUGUCUAUGCCUCAACACCGACUGCGAUUUCACUGAAAGUUACGAAGAGAUCGUCACAGUCAGCAUCAAUGAACCUGUACAAGUUACUAAGUAUAAAUGGUGCUUGGACAUACCACCGAGAUGUCCAGACAAUAAGCGAGAGUUUAGGACCGUACUCAAGAAUAUUACUGUACCUAAAAUGCGUAAGGUGAAGAGAUGUUGCAAGGAUCAAAUUCAGUUGUACGAUAAUUGUGUUUCGAGGUGUGCUGAAGAUCAGUGUCCGAAUAUUCAAUGUACAUCAGGCACUGACAAAUGUAAAUGCAAGUCAGGAUACACAGGUCAUUUAUGCAGACAAACGUGUGAAGUCGGGCGUUGGGGCCUUGGAUGUGCAAACUCUUGUGACAAGUCUUGUCCGAACUGCGACCACCGGACCGGAUGCUGCAAGACAGCCGCCACUGGAUCGUCGAAUUUCUGUGGCGGCGGCGGAAGCAUCGGUAACGCCGGUCGGCAAACAGCGGCUGCUUCCGGUGUCCGCAACGGCACAGCGCGCAAAAUCGACGAUGCAGCCGUGGUGUCGGCGGUGGCCGACAGCUUGGCACGUUUCCGAAAACUGAGCACUACCAUACGACUGCAGACGACCACGUGGGAACCAGAGGGGAACGAGGCCAACGAAACGACGAGGACGACGGAGGUGACGAGCACGAGGAAACCGGCGACGACGCAAAACAGAUCCGCUGCGGUCGAUACGGCGUGGACACCGCUGGAGGCGACGGCGCUCAAGUACGACGAGCUGGUGACGAGGCUCAUAUGGAUAUUCGCCAUGACUUUGGUGGCCAUCGCCAUGGUGUUUGUCAUAAUGUUCGUCGUGUUCUUCAAGUGCUACGGGACGACCGCGUCCAAACCGCAAACGGACGAUCGCCCCGCCCGAAACCCGUGGCCGGAACAGAGCACCGGCAAAGUUCGCGAGACAUGUAUCACAACACAAAACCUAUGUAAUGUGCCACCUGUUAGAUAUACGAAAACUCCUACACUAUACACAUCUACCAAUGUUGAUUUACCAACUCAUCCAGAAAUAUUUUGUCCAGUUUUUUCAGCUCCUCAUUACACAGGUGGUUCGUCACUAUAUGAUUCUCCACAACCAUUGUAUGAAAUUUUAUACUGAUCAAUAAGUUUAUAAAUACAUACCAAUGAUUUAUAAUUAAUUUCUAAGAAUAAUGUAUAAGUAUAAGUAAUUAUAGUCUUUUAUAAUAGUGCAAUAAAACAUAAAACCUUUAAAA